CCACUUCAAAAGCAGGUCAAUUCUCCUGCCUGCUUUCCUCCAUCCAUCGUCCUCCCUUCCCCCUCGCCGGCUCUGUGCGUCCCUCUGCUAUUUGCGAGCUUUGCGUCUCUCAAAGGAGAAGGAAGAAUGGAUCACGUCUUGGGUAUCCUCAAGGUUCGGGUGAAGAGAGGCACCAACCUCGUCGUCCGCGACGCCCUCAGCAGCGACCCCUAUGUCACCGUCUCCCAGGGCAACCUCAAAGUGAAGACUCGUGUGGUUAAGAAAGACUGCAAUCCCGUUUGGAAUGAUGAGCUCACCCUCUCCGUCACUGAUAAGAACCUCCCAUUGCUUGUUACAGUUUAUGACAAAGAUACGUUUACAGCGGAUGACAAAAUGGGGGAGGCAGAGAUCGACAUUAGGCCCUACCUGGAGUGCAUAGAGAUGUGCCUUGAGAACCUCCCGUCCCCAACUACCAUAAAGAGGAUCCAGCCGGGCAAGGACAACUGCUAUGCGGAAGAGAGCUCCAUUGUGUGGUUAGAUGGGAAGAUAGUGCAGGACAUGAUCCUGAGGCUACGAAAUGUGCCGACUGGAGAGGUCGAGCUCCAACUCGAGUGGAUCGAUCUUCCUGGCCGUAACUGAAUUCAACUGAGUGGGCUUUUCUCCGAAUGUGGUCAUUGAGUCUGAUGGCUUGUCCAGAUCAAUAAGAGAAGCUGUGUCUUGUUCUUGUACUAGGUUCCCUGUUAUAUAUGGUUAAGGGGCAUGUCAACGUCGAAUGUUUGACCAUAAAUGUCUGGUCGAUCCUGCGAAACAGAUUGAUUCCAACAGGACUGGAGUUGAUCUGCCCAUAUGAAAGUUUGAAUCAAGUAAUGUAUGUUACAUAAAGUCUUUUGAGUCCUAUAAGUGGGAGGAGCUCUGUUGGGAUGGCCUAUGACUCCAUAAUUUUUCUAAUUUUACUGCCAUAAUUUUUCUGAUUUUA